AUGCAAAUGGACAUUACUUCGAAGGGUGAAACUCUGGCAAAAGACUUAUUUGCAGUGAAGCCCAAAUACCCUAGGCUUAUGAGUUACUUGUUCACAAAAAGCAAUGUAGCCUGUGGUUUAUCAAUGCUAGAUAAGUUUCAGAAGUCAAGUACAGUUAUUGGAAUCAGUCAAACCAUGUCAAUGAAAUCCACUGCACAAGAGAGGAGAAAUUUUCGGGACAAGUUGGUAAGAAGCAUACUUGCCCCUAAUAAGUCUAAAAUCAACAUCCUGAAUUACUUACAAGGAUGUUCUGUCACAGCUGCAGAGUGGCUGAGGUUUGUUACUUGGGGAAUCAAGCUUCAUGCAGUAUCAAUGCCCUUUAUAGAAGAACAGUUUCACUUAAAGGAGACUGCAUUGCAUUUUGAAGUGGCUCAAUCUAUCUUCUGCAGAGAUUCACGACUAUUCCUAUGGCAACGGACUCAAGAGAGGAUCACGGCCACUUUACACAGGAUCUAG